CAGUCUUCAUUAGUCACAGAACCGAUUUUUAGGUCUUUCAACUGUUCCCGCCAAUAUUUCAGAACAGAAGAUACGCAGACAGAGAAAGAGUUAAUGGAUACCCGGGAAGAUUUGAAGUCGAUCCUUCCAUUUUUACCUUUGGUGCUUCGAUCGUCAUCUCUGUUCUGGCCUUGUCAAGUUGUUGAAGCAAUUAAAGCUCUGUCUAGAGGACCCGAACACAGCAGGGUAGACUCGGGAGAGGUUCUCUUCCUUGCCAUUUCUGAUCUCCGGGAAUCUCUCGGUCUUUCCUCUGAACGAUUAGCGGUUUCAGCCGCCGAAGGUUAUGCUCUUUUCUUCGACGAGUUAAUGUCUCGUGUUGAAUCAAGGAAAUGGUUCUCGAAGGUCCUUCCAUCCCUCGCAGCUAUGUUGUUGCGGUUGCCUUCUUUGUUAGAAAUCCAUUAUCAGAAAGCGGAUUACCUUCUCAGUGGAAUCAAAACUGGUCUUCGGAUAGUAGGUCCCCAAGAAGCAGGCAUUGUUUUACUCAGUCGGGAACUGAUCGGUGCAGUUCUUACAUGCUCCUUCUUUUGUUUGUUUCCAAUCAAUAAUAGAGAUGCCAAACAUCUUCCAGGCAUCAACUUGGAUCAUUUAUUUGCGAGUGUUUAUACCGAUUAUAACCAGAACCAAGAACAUAAGAUAAAGUGCCUCAUACAUUAUUUCGAGAGGAUAAGUACAUGCAUGCCUGCAGGCUGUGUCUCAUUUGAGCGGAAGGUUCUUUUCUGGAAACCUGUUCAUUCUUCUGUUUCUUAUCCCAACACUGACUUCUGGAGCAAAUCUGUUGUCCCCCUCUGCCAUUUUGAGGUUUCACAUUCAGGACUGAUUGAAGAUCAGUUAUGUGAAUCUCUUGAAGUUGAUUUUGCCAAUAAGUAUAUUGGGGGUGGUGCUCUUCAUAGGGGCUGCAUACAGGAAGAGAUCCGUUUCAUGAUCAGUCCUGAAUUAAUUGUUGGCAUGCUUUUCUUGCCUUCCAUGGCUGAUAAUGAGGCUAUAGAAAUUGUUGGUGCUGAAAGGUUUUCAAACUAUACUGGGUAUGCCUCUUCUUUCCGUUUUGUGGGCGACUAUGUGGGUGGAAAACCAGUAGAUUUCAUGGGCAGGCAGAAAACAAGGAUUGUUGCAAUAGAUGCAUUAUUCAACCCAAAAUUUAGACAAUAUAAACCUGCAUGCCUCCUCCGGGAGAUUAAUAAGGCAUUCUGUGGAUUUUUCGACCAAUCAAAGCAGCAUCUGAACCAGGAAAUAUUUCGACCAGAAGCAUCCUGUAGGUAUAAGGUUGGUCAGGAUGUUGAAAUCAGUAACAGGGCUGAGAGUGGCAAGAUGGACAAACCUCCCUCCUCUACUGAGGGAUUAGAUGAUGGAGCAUCUGCAGCUGAAUUGAUUAAUAAAUCUCAUAUUGGGCAGAGUAGACAGGCUAAAGACUCGCAAAAUGAUAUUGGGAUUGUAACAGGGAAUUGGGGCUGUGGUGCUUUUGGAGGAGACCCUGAACUUAAGACUACAAUUCAGUGGCUUGCUGCUUCACAGGCAUUCAGACCUUUCAUUUUGUAUUGUACUUUUGGAGAAAAGGCCUUGCGGAAUCUAGAACAGGUUACGCAAUGGAUAGUGUCACAUGAAUGGACGGUGGGAGAUCUAUGGAAUAUGUUAUCAGAAUACUCGUCCAAGAGAUUGAAGGGUGAAACUGAUACUGGUUUCUUUACUUGGCUCCUUCCAUUCUUGUCUACUGAAAAUUGUAAAUCAGUAUAAUCUUCGGUUAUUGACAGAAUAAAUAAGCAUUUUCCAGGGAAGGUGGUUGGUGGGUCAUCUAGAUCCCUUUGCUAGCUGAUGCAUACUAUAAUUUCAAUAAGUGUUGUUGGA